AUGUCGGACUCACUAAACAGAUUCGAUAAAGAAACACAAGAAAUUAUAAGUCAAUGGUUUAAUAACGCAAAAAAUAAUAAUAAUGACAACCUUGAAGUAGAAGAUACUUAUAUCGAUACAAUGUUGCUAAUAAUAGAGUGGAAUGAUGCUGGGUUACAAAAUCGAAAUGUUCAAAAAACCAAUGUGGUUGCUAUUAUUCAAGCAUACAACGGCUGUCAACAAGUAAACCCUGACCGAGUAUAUCACGCCGGAAGCACAAUUGUGCCCUCAUCGCAAUCCAUCUUUAGUGUCUCCGAUACUCGAACCCAUUGCAAAAUACAAUUAGCUGAAGACAUC